AUGGGUUGGCUAACUAAAAGUUUAAAAGGGUCCAGCUCCACCCAUAGAAUCUCAGAAGGUCGAUAUCAUGACAGAUAUGAAAACGAAGAAAUUAUGGAGGAGCCUCCUUCUACAGAGGAUGCAUUGUCAGACGUUGAUCAGGAAGAAAUUGACAGAGCUAUUGCGUUUUCCCUUGUUGAAGAAGAUGAGAGAAGUGCACUUUCCCUUGUAGAAGAUGACAAAAAAAAGUGCACGUUCAAGUGUAUGAAGAAGAAGGCUCUGUUUCUGAACCUUCAGUAA